ACGAAAGCGGUUCCCGAGGCUGCGACGCCCGCGGCGAGUGGAUGAACUAGGCGGGGAAGAGUCGCCGCCAACGCCGCCGGGAGAGCUUCCGCGUCGCGGGACGGAAGUGACGUCAGGGGCGUGCGGUCAUCGUUGUGCGCCUGUGGCGGCCGCCAUCUUGGCUGCUGGGGCUGCCGCUGCCGCUGGUUCGGCCAGAGACCGGCUUCGGCGAGCGAGAGGCAGGUCCCAGUGCAAGAUGGGAGUCGCACCUGCCUGAGUCACUGUGGUGCCUUCAUGGAACCUUGCCCUACACCAAGCUGUGCCAUGGGGAUAGCCAGGGAAGCCGCAGACCGAGCAGAUGGAUGUGCCAGCCAUAUCCUUUGCAUGGAGCCUUGCCGUAGAGACCCUUGCUGGGGUGGACAGAACUAUCCUGCCCCAGAAGCGCUGGCCUCGGCAGGAGCAGCGUGUCUGAGCGAGGCAAGCGCAGCAGCAGCAGCAGGAGCAAUCGGCCCCGCUACAGAAAGCUGUCCACAGGAAGAAUGGCCCAAGCCACAGAGUCCCCCCUACAAGAAGAGAGGCCUAGAGACCAAAGGCAAGCUGCCUUCUACACAGCUGAAGAGGCAGGCAGAGGAGACAGGCCCUCGGGAAGCCCUUGCAGAUGGACUCUGUGCUUCCCCAGAGGCAGCCUUGGUUCCGGCCAAAGAGCAGCCGGCAGCUCUCCCAUCCGCGCAGAAGCGCCCACGUGGUCGCAGGCCCCGCAAGAAGGGAGGCGCUGGCUGCACAGGCCCUGCCCGCCAGGAGCCCAAGGGACCCCCCGAGGCCCCUGGGCCUUCGGAGAACGGCCCACCCCUGCCUGUGAAGGUGCCGAAGAAGCGGGGGCGCAAGUCCAAGGCUGAGCUGCUCCUGAGGAAGCUGUCGCAGGGACUGGAGUGCCAGGCGCCCGAUCCCCUCUGCCAACAGAAGCUGCUGGCCGGUGACGGAGAUGUGGACUGUCUGGAGACGAUGCCCGGGGGGCGCCCAAAGCGGAGGGCGGCAAAAGUAGCCCUUCUGUACCUGCAGGAGCUGGCCGAAGAGUUGACCUCUGUGUACCAGCCGCCCGCUCGCAGCCAGCCCUUGGAGGACGCCCCGCGGCCGGAGGAGCCCAGCCGGAAGCGGCGAGGCCGGAAGCCCCAGAGCCAGAAGCGGGAGAGUGAGGAGGAUGCGGAUUUCGUCCCCUCGGAGGAAGGGCUCCUGCAGGAGGAGGAGGAAGAGGAGGAGGAGGCGGAGGAGGAGGAAGAGGACAGCGACCUGCGGCUCAGCGAGGCCUCCAACUCUGACCUGGAGCCCGGCCUGCGUGGAGCAGCGAGGCCCAAGAGCCACUGCCGAGGGUUUGCAUCCAACGGCUUACACAAGUCCAUCAUGGCCCCCAUCUGGAAGGCACUCUCCGUCACCCACCGCGUGCGUGAGAAGCUCUACUCAAACUGGGAGUUUCCAGAGUGGGUGCCCUCUGCCCGGAAGUGGGUCUUCCUCUCGGAGAGCGAAGCUGAGGAAUACCUCCCCCGCGAGACCAAGUCCCCGCUCUUCUGCAUCAAGCGCGAAGGCCUGCACGAAGACAGCAGCGUCCUCUACCGGAUCAACAGGUUCAACGCCUUGCAGCCCCACGAGGAGCGCCUGGACGUGACCUUCUUUGUGGGGGGUCCUGUCUGGGCCAUGGAGUGGUGCCCCACCCCAGAAGGCUCCGGGGCCUCCCAGUACGCAGCCAUCUACUGCAAUCCUGGCAUGGACGACCGGCACAGCUUGGCGGGGACCCACACCGGGCCAGCGCUGCUCCAGCUCUGGGAGCUAGGGCCCCUCCAGCAGGAGGCAGGGUCAGCCAGCAAGCCAGGACUGGCCUACGGCAUUGCCACCGACCACGGCUGCAUCUGGGAUAUGAAAUUCUGCCCCAGUGGCGCCUGGGAGCCUCCUGCCACCCGCCACAAGUCGCCCUCCCAGAUGAGCCGCCUGGGGCUGCUGGCCGUGGCCUUCUCUGACGGCAAGGUGGUGCUGUACAGCCUGCCUCACACAGAGGACCUGCGUGGCUCCCGGAGAGCCCAGGUAACAGGUGGGUCCUCCCCCCGGCACACCAUCUGCAAGGUCCAGUGCGUGGCUUCCCUGCAGGUGGGGGCCAUCCAGGCCGGGAGCCCCUCCGAAUGCGGACAGUGCCUCAGCUUGGCCUGGAUGCCGGCAAAGCCUCACCAACGCCUGGCGGCUGGUUUCUAUGAUGGCACAGUGGCCCUCUGGAGCCUGGCCAGUCGCUCCCUGCUGCAGCGCGUGCGUCAGCCCGACGGCUCCCUCAAACUCUACCCCUUCCACUGCUUCCUGGCCCACGACCACGCCGUGCGCAACAUCCAGUGGUGCAAAGCCAACAGCAACUUCAUGGUGACGGCCGGGAACGACCGCAAGAUAAAGUACUGGGACCUGCGGCGGCUGCACGAGCCGCUCAACAGCAUCAAGCGCUUUCUGAGCACGGAGAUCGCCUGGCUGCUGCCCUACAGCGGCAUAACGGUGGCCCAGGACAACUGCUAUGCCUCGUACGGCCUGUGUGGGAUCCACUACCUGGACGCCGGCUACCUGGGCUUCCGGGCUUACUUUGUGGCCCCUCGGAAGGGCACUGUGUGGAGCAUCUCUGGAUCUGACUGGCUCAACACAGUGGCUGCCGGAGAUGUCACAGGGGAGCUGGUGGCGGCCAUGAUGCCUGACCUGUCCGUCAACCCACACAACGUCAAGCGUCCGUCGGAGCGCCGAUUUCCCGUCUACAAGGCCAGCCUGCUCCCCUGUAGCCUCCACAACCAGGAGGCAUCGACAAGAGCCCCCGGCGAAAAGCUCAUGGCCAGUGUGGAGGGCAGGACGUACCAAGAGUCCGUGGCCCAAAACUACAUCCUCUUCCGAGACACGGACCUGAGGAACUUCAAGAACAUCUUCAAGCGGAAAGGGAGGAAGAAGCCUCUCCCAGCAGAAGAGGAGAAGGAGGGGGACGGACUGGGGCGCCUACAGCUGGAGGCUGUGCACAAGGUGCGCUUCAGCCCCAACCUGGCCUGCCACACCUGGCUGCUGUCGGGGGGCCAGUCCGGCCUCGUGCGUCUCCACUGCCUCCAGGCCCUUGCCUCCCCCCCCAGCCGCAAGCUCCUCCGCGAGUGCCAGGCCCAGUUCAGCGCCAUGUUUGACAUGGAGGAGCAGGCAGGCAGCCCUGCAGCAGAGCCCCCCGGGGCACACCCUGCGGUCAGCUGAGCAGCCCCCCCUCGGCACCGGCAGAAAUCGAGGAGGGGGAGGAGGCGGGGAUCUCGUUCGAGGUGCCCAGAGCCACGAGGACAUCUUGCAGGUCAUUGGCGGACUGGCUGGAUCCUGGUUGCAUUGUGAGGAUGGACACGGCUACGAAGGAGCACAAGGAGGGGCCAGACCCCCAGUGGGCUUGUGGGCGUCUCCUUUCCCCUUGGGUGGGGCUGGGAGCGAGAAGCAGCCCCUGCCCCCAAACUGGACAUCUCUCCAUGAUUGUGAGCGAGGGGUCUUUGUGUGACCCACAGCUCCAGGGCAGGGAGGGGGUUUCUGCCUCCUUUUGGCUGACCCAGUGGAACAAACCUCCCCCCCCCCAACAUGGGCCGGCUGGGGUUGGCUAGGCACAUGGGGCCCAGACCAGCUCCCUGCUAGAUGCAUUUUGGGCAUUUUGCCCCGGCCGGCCUCUUGGGGGGGCAAGGGGGGGCACAGCAGCCUUGCUCACAUUGAGCUCAUUCCUUGUCUUUAAUUGUUGUUCUUAUUAAAGUGACUUGUUUUGUUUCAAA